AUGGAUGCGGAAUCGUCCGAGGUACAGGAUAGUGAUUCGGUGAUUUUCGUACGCUGCUAUCAUUUAUGGGAUCCUGUAGAAACCAUCAGUUUGGACAGCGACGACGGUGAAGAGGAGAUUACAGAACCGGAGGCGUCAUCAAUGCUUCCGGAAGAGGCGGAGGAAGAAGAGGAGGAUGAGGAAGAGGAGGAUGAGGAAGAGGAGGAGGAGAAUUCACAAUACCUCGAGGAAGCAAAUUCCUCAUGGAAUUCCGAGAAUUCCUCAUGGAAUGCCGAGAAUUCCUCAUGGAAUUCCAAGAAUUCCUCAUGGAAUUCCAAGAAUUGGAAUUCCGAGAAUUCCUCAUGGAAUUCCGAGAAUUCCUCAUGGAAUUCCGAGAAUUCCUCAUGGAAUUCCGAGAAUUCCUCAUGGAAUUCCGAGAAUUCCUCAUGGAAUUCCGAGAAUUCCUCAUGGAAUUCCGAGAAUUCCUCAUGGAAUUCCGAGAAU